UGUGAAAUGUACGGUAAAAAUGGCUGUUGUCUGACCACCCCUAAUAUACUCGUUAGCGGAUGAGGGCCAAUCCUUCUGUAGGAGGCGGUAUGGAAGUUUGUCACGACAGGAGGGAGUUUGGGUGACCUGCUCACCGGUGCACCAUGGUGUUCUCUGCCUGUUGGAGUUUGUUGUGGAGGAGGACGGGUAUUUCACCCAGACGGAAAAUAUGCAGAUUCGUAAGUGGAGCAAGUGUCUCCGAAUACCAUGCUUUCCGGCGGAGACAGCUGCCGAACAGCCGGGGCAGCAGCGACCCUUCUCCCUGUCCUCCUGCGGGCUGCAGGUACUCCUCCGCGGCUGCUGGGGUAGACUGCAGGGCGCUGGUCUACAGGAGCCACGGCGAUCCUGCGCAGGCUGUCCAGAUGGAGAAAAUGAAACUCCCUGCUCUGGGAGACAGAAGUGUCCUGGUAAAGAUGCUGGCAGCCCCCAUCAACCCUUCAGACAUGAAUAUGGUUCAAGGUACCUAUGCUAUCCUGCCCCCUCUCCCAGCAGUAGGAGGGAAUGAGGGGGUUGGCCAAGUCUUGGAAGUGGGCGGUCAGGUGACCUCACUGAGAGCUGGUGAUUGGAUAAUACCCAGGGAUGCUGGACUGGGCACAUGGAGGACAGCUGCUGUGUUCGGUGAAGAGGACCUGAUCGCUGUGCCCAGUGAUAUCCCAGUACUGUGUGCUGCCACUCUGGGAGUGAAUCCCUGUACUGCUUACAGGAUGCUGUCAGACUUUGAGACCUUAAAGCCAGGCGAUUCUGUGAUCCAGAACGCGGCGAACAGCGGCGUGGGCCAGGCUGUCAUUCAGAUCGCGGCCGCCAGGGGGAUCCACACCAUCAACGUGGUCCGAAGCAGGCCCGACCUCCAGCAGCUCACAGACAGGCUCCGGGCCCUGGGUGCAGCUCACGUGGUCACAGAGGAGACUCUGCGCAAGCCAGCGAUGAGCGAGAUCUUCAAGAGCUGUCCCCGACCCCGCCUGGCACUGAAUGGGGUGGGUGGGAAAAGUGCCACCGAACUGCUGCGCCACGUACAGAGUGGAGGUACGAUGGUGACCUAUGGGGGGAUGGCGAAACAGCCGGUCACGGUGCCCGUGAGUGCCCUGAUCUUCAAGGAUGUGAGGGUGCAAGGAUUCUGGGUAACAAAAUGGAAGAGAGAACAUGCUUGCGAUCAGGGGGCUCUGAAGGAGAUGCUCUCCGAAUUGUGCGCUCUGAUUAGGGGGGGUAAGCUGUCCCCCCCAGCCUGCACCGAAGUCAGCUUCCAGGACUUCCGCACAGCCCUGCACAGCGCCAUGGAGCCCUUCACCUCUGCCAAGCAGGUCCUCGUUAUGUGAUGCAAGGGUCCGGUUCAGCUUCCGCACGAGGAGGAGCAAGGAAUCCUGGGAUGGGCUUGACAGUGCAGGUGCUGGCCUGCCUGACCCCAGAACUGCUCAGACGAAUGGCCAAUUUGCCAUCUGUUGUAAUAUUGAUAGACACCGCAGCUCUGUAACCAACAGGGAGGAGCACAGAAGCACAUCGAACAAUUAAACCGUGCUUUCUCUGCCCAAACAGGAAUGUGCUGUUUUUUUCUAUGGGGUUAAGCACCAAUGGUAAGUCUGUAAUACAGCCAUUAAAAAAGAGCCCAGGAGUUCACUAGUGUUUUUCUCUCUAAGAGUUUUAUAGUACUAAGAAACUGACUGCAAAAGACAAUGGAG